AUGUCUCUUCCUGUCUUUCUUGUGGAGUAUCUCGGACUUCCCCGUAAUCACCAUGCUCUGUUUAUUCGUCUGAAUGAAGAGACAGAAGAUGGCGAGCUUUACCACAUUGCUGGAAAUAAACCUCAAGAGCCCAAUUCAUAUGUUGCUCAACACUACUUGGGCUUCAUCUCUAGUUCGGACCGUCAAUUCUUCAAACAGAUCUGCCAGUCCAAUCCACCUCCUGCCAAACAAUUCAAUGGCAACAAGAAAAUCAACCCUCGCCAGCCUUUAAGGCGAUGCCAGGAAUGGACGGCCGAAACUAUCGCAAUGCUACAGAGCCAUGUUGUUCUCAUGUCAGAAGGAUCUGUUGGCAACAGCGCACCACGGGGUUCUACCCGUCCAGUUGACUCCGCCUAUGGCCAGUCCUCAAAGCAAUCUAGCCAGGCUAGAUCUUCAUCAAGCAACCAGCCUCUGGAUGGGCAGACAUCUAGCGACGGUUACUGGACAUUCAGCUCCAAGUAUGGAGAUUACUAUCACGUUGGGAAGGAUGGACGCACCCUAUGGGCAAGCCAGCAGCGUGCUGGAUCAAGUGGAAACAGAAGUUAA